UAAACGUUUAAUAAAAAUGCACCGGGUUGAACUGGUCGGUUUGCUUGUAGCUAGCCUCCUAAUCGGUUCUCAUUCGCAUCGGUUCUCUAAAGGACAAUCUAGUAUCGCCUAUACGAUUGUAAAAACCUUUGACGAAAUUAGUAAUCAAAAUGAUAAACUAAAAACGAUAAUUAAAUCGUUUUUUGGCGAUCAGUCGACGUCAACUAAGGCGCCUGAGCCAGCGGAGGGAGAGUGCUUGUGUACACCUUUUUAUUUAUGUAAUAAUGGCGAAGUGAACAGAGAUGGGAGUAAACUUUUUGAACCUAGAUUACUUCAAGAGUCUGUAAAUCCCUGCAAAACCGUGGGAGAUAUCUGUUGCCAGUCACUUACUCGUAGUCCUCCUCUAAGAGAGAAAGACGACCGAAUAUCUGAUAACUAUUCUUGCGGAUAUGGAAGUGAAAUACCAGGAGAUUAUUACAUUUCUGAUCCUACCACGGCAAAGUUUGGUGAAUAUCCAUGGACCGCUUUAGUCUUGAAUUUAAAAAAUCAGUAUCAGUGUGUCGGUUCCCUAAUACAUCCCGAAGUUGUUCUUACUACGGCGCACUGUAUCAACGAUUCUGAAAACUAUAUUGCAAGAGUAGGACAAUGGAAUACUACAGGAAACAUUGAACCCUUAGCCCACCAAAAUAUGAGCGUAAAAUCAAUUGUCAAGCACCCCAAGUUUGUUUUUGAUAAUUUAAUCCACAACGCAGCCUUACUGUUUUUGGAAAAUCCUUUUAAGUUAGACAGGAAUGUGAAUACAGCUUGCUUAGCAGAUUCGUCUACGGUGCCGUAUACUCAGUUGAGGAAAUCGAAAUGUGCAGCUACAGGAUGGGGAAGUGAUGUCCCGAAAGGUAUUUACAGGAGGGCAAUGAAGAAAAUCGAAUUUUCGCUGAUUUCAAACCCCCUUUGUCAAAAUGAAUUUAGGAAAACUCGUUUAGGAAAAUGGUUUCAGCUACAUCAAACCUUCCUUUGUGCUUUUGGGAAAAAUGGAAGGGACUUGUGUUACGGUGAUGGAGGUGGUCCACUAGUUUGUGAAAUCUCACGACAACCGCUAAGAUAUCUGCAAGUUGGCAUUACAUCUUGGGGGCUUGGCUGUGCCAACAAUCUACCGUCGGUAUUUACUAAGGUUACGUCGAUUAAGCAUUGGAUUGAUCAAGAGAUGAGUGCACGUAAUUUGGACACCAGUUACUAUACGCCUAUGUAACACAAUGUAAUUUGACCUCAUUGUAUAACUUUAGCUAUUGAAUACUGUAACAAGUUUAACGUGACGUUUAAGUGCGUUCCACUGCACGCUUUUUUACCAAAAGGGUUAAACCUAAAUUUAUUUAAUAGGAAUAACUUGUACCUAAUCUUUAGCACGGCAUCCGUGCACUUUUAACACGGGAUCUGCAUCGGAAGUGAACACUUUUGGUGUGGAAAAACUAUGUCACAGUUCUGAUGCUGUUUAGUUUCAGUAGUUUGUUCGUCUGAAAAUAAAGAAUACCUUUCAGCUAUCUUCUA